AUGCCUCCGAAGGCCAAGUCGACGAAGAACGCACCGAACCAGCACGACAAGCGCCACGAGAACGGUCUGAUAGCCCCGGGAAAGCGAGUGGCACGACAGCGCAGUAGCGGACAGUUAAACGGAGUCCCAAAUGGCAAGACUGUGCCAGCAGUGUCACCGCCCGCUCUCCCCUCAAAGGGCUUGAAUACAAAUCCAGGCUUCAGGUUCCCGAAGCCUGCUGAUGGGACGACCGCUCCCGUCACUGUCAGGGACAGUGCAGGUGGACUGGAGGGAGGCGAAAGGGACAGGACUGCUUCAGACGCUUCGCUGGACGACGUAGAUCCGUGCAGCGACAUGGCGGACGGGACACACGACAUGGCCUCUUUGGAGGUUCAUCUUGCUGCUGCUGCUUCUCCUCCAGGCAAAAGCAAUCCCGCCAACGGUGGCAGCAACUUCUCCACCGUCUCCACCAUUCUGGCAUACUAUCCUCUGCGCGAUGCCAUCUCGAUCCUCAUCCUCCUGCUCUGUCUUCCGCCGACCUUGGGCUUGAUUAUUCAAACCCUGUUCGCUUCGUUAACCUUCGUUCCACCGAGUGCCGGUAUCUCUGCUCUUCCCAACAUCAAGGAAAUGUUCAACUCGUCGAAUUUUGGCUAUCCAGCACUGGCCACAAUUCUAUUCGUUGACGUCUUCUUCUGGGCCCUGUGGAUUACGCUCUGGAAACCUGCUCAGGCCAUAUUCCUGGACCUCUCUCAGGCUGUCAUUGCGAUAUCCCUCAGCGGUGCGGCCGCUAGUACCGGUGGACCGACCUACAGCAUAGCUACCUGCACCCUCAUUGUCUGUGUGGUCCACGUGCUCCGGUAUCGUGCAAUACACCUAACUGCUCUCGACUACCUCAGAUCAGUAAUACAUAAAAUGGACAUUGGAACGCCUUUUGAUGUACCAGUUGUUGCACAUUCAUACCAUUCUACAACACCCUUGGAACGCGGCAUGGCAUUUACUGCCUUGCGCACCAUUUUAGGAAUACACAUCGUCUCGCAGGGAGUCACUACCUGCGUCAGACGCACACUUGCCAACGCAAAGGCCAACGAAAAAGAUCACAACAUACCAGCAAUUAUCAAAACCGACACAGAAGCAUCCGCAGGCACGGAGACGCUCUCACGAGCCAACUCUGGGCUUCCUGACAGCGCACACUCGCCAUCUUUUGCCACUAGCACUGAUGGCCGUCUACCCGGACAGUCUCCCGCUCUUCGCGACACCAAACCGCGUGAGUCAAGUAGCAAGAAGAAGAGGAAGCAGGCAAAUCAAGUUCGAAGCCAGCAGCCGCUAUGGGCGGCUAUCGCGAGCACCAAAGUCACCUUUGUGAAGGAAAUAGAACAGCGAGAUGCGGCCGAUGAUGCUCGAGAGGCCGCUGCCAUGGACAACAACACUUCAACUCCAUUUUUGAGCGUCACCAAUAAUACCACCGAUCGCGUCUGGAUAUGCGAAGUUCGCGAUACUGAGAUCUACUUUGCUGUAGAACUCUCGCCAGCUGCUGCAAUCGAAAGGGCGGAUCAGAGAGAAGAAUGCGCGCCCGUGACUGCUGGAAUUGACAAGACCAAACCUUUCUUCAUCCGCAUCAACGGGGCAGCAUGGAGUUCCACACGGAUCAUGCAGAAUUGUGAGACUUCUAGCGACCGUUAUGUGGGUGAGGUCUUUGGCCUGGCGCCUCUCAGUAGCUACCACUGUGAGAUUGUCAGCAUUUCAAAGCAAAGAGUCCUCUGCUCUGUCAACUUGAUCACGCAACCUGCACCAACGGCCGAGCAAGCUGCUGCUGCACCGGUUCAUCCGCCUCAUCAAUCUCUCCGGCCAUCUUCGCCAAUUACGACCCUCAAGCAAUCCAUCCAAUCUGCCGAAUCCAAGCUGAACGAGACCCGGAAUCGAACCCGAAAGACCAAGAAAGACCAACGUGCCGCUCACGCCGAUAUCAAAAAGGAAAUCAACCUGCUCAAGAGCAAAUUGGAGUCCUCUGGGGGUGUCGACGACAAGCAGGAACGCCGCCUUGCACAGAUCAGUCAGCACAAGAAUCAAGCGGAAGAAGCGACCGCGGAGCUCAAAGUUCAAAUUGACGCCAUCGGGGAGAUUCCUUCGGCCGAAUUGGCAGAAUCUCAAGCAAAGAAACGUGUUUGGCAGUCUGCAUUGGAUGCGAAGAAGGCCGCGAACCGGGAUUUGGACAAUUUCAAAACCGAGCAGGAGCGUGAGCUUAACGCUUUGAGAACUGACAUCUCUGCAUCGGAAUCGAAGAAGGAGAAACUAGUCGCAAGGAAUACUCAGCGCGAACAGGAACUGGAAAAGCUCAACGCAAAGCACCAAGCCGACAUGACAGCCAAGCAGCAGCGAGUGCAAGAUCGCGCGCAGGAACAGCAGCAACAAGACGAGAGGACUUUACAGAUACGCUACCAGAUCGCUCACAUGGACUCGGAGGCUCAAAGCUACAAUCAGAAAGGGCAAGAAGCAUAUCAAGCUGCCGGCGCACUUGCCGGAUGGUCCAAUAUGCAAGGCGCUCCAGCUUACCCUGGGUACUCUUCGCCGCCUACUCCAGAGGGAAUGCAUUCUACUCUGAACGGUCAGCCUAGUCCUCGGUCCAACGGCUUCCCAGCUGGUCCUUUCGGUCCGCAAACGUUUGGCUCGCCUUUCGCCGCCAGUCAACCGGGCAUCAAUCACAUGCAUACGACUUCCACUGGUGGUCCACGUGGACGUAGUUCGUCCAUGCUCAGCCAAAUUAGCGGAUUCACUGACAAUGCUGACGAAUACGAUUUCAUGCCGAUGGGUCCUCAGCAUCAGCACACUUGGCCCCAAACCACUGCUGGAGCUUCACAAACGGAUCGCAAGGCCAGUGAUGGCAACGAUUCGGGAUCCAUUUCUGGCUCCGGUGGCGCAAGUCUGGUGAACGGCAGUACGAACGGUUCGAACAGUCCACGGCCUGAUGCGAAGCCUUUUGUGCCGGCUGUAAAGUCUGUUGGUACGAUAGGUCCUCCUGGUAGAAAGACUCCUCAAAGUCCACCUGCGUUUCAUGCCGGUGCGAAUGGUAGAUAG